CCGAGGAGACUUCCCUCAUUCUUCCUCUCUCAUUCUCAUUCUAAUCCGCCGGAAAUCUAGGCCGGUGAAAGGAGCGGCAGCCGGACCACCAGCCAAACCCCAAACCCGGCGACGAUGGCUCCCAAGCGCAAGUCCCCGGCUGCGGCGGCGAUGUCGCCGAGGAAGACGCGGAGCAUGGCGCCGGCCAAGGAGGAGGAGGAGGAGGCUCAGGCGGUGAUGCCGGUGCAAGCGGCGGCAGGGCAGAAGGGGAGGAAGAAGGGCAAGAAGGAGGAGGAGGCGGCGGCGGUGGUGGUGGAGGAGGAGGAUGCAGAUGCGGUGCCGGUGCUGCCUCCAGCGGCGGCGAAGCAGAAGGGGAGGAGGAAGGCCGAGAAGGAGGUCGCGGCGGCUGCGGCGGUGGAGGAUGAGGAUGACGGUGCUGCCGUCGGGAAGCGCAUCGUCGUCGAAGCUUGCACCCAGUGCCAACAUUUUAAGAAAAGAGCUUUGAAGGUGAAGGAGGAUUUGGAAAGUGCUGUCCCUGGGGUUUCUGUGAUAAUCAACCCCGAAAAGCCACGCCGUGGUUGUCUUGAGAUCCGCGAAGAAGGCGGUGAAGUCUUCAUAUCACUGCUGAACAUGCCUCGGCCCUUCACAGCGAUGAAGAAGCUCGACAUGGACGAGGUCAUCCAGGACAUUGUCAAGAAGAUUUCCUAAAUCUGAUCAGGCAUUCAUGAUUGGAGGUCCCCCCUUUUGCGAUGGAAAGCAUGAGCGUUCAGUGCUAAUUUUGGGUAGGAACUUGAUAUCAGUGGCCAUAAAAUGUGGAAUCACUGGUCUGUUAAUUAUGGGUCUGAUGUAUCCAAGACAUGUCGAAUUAAUCGAAGUGGCAAAUGGAUAUUAAUGCUCAAUCGUCGAUGUUCCAGAUGUG